CCCAACUAGGUGGCAUAAAAUUGAUGUGUUGAAUUUUGUCGGCUGGAAAAGUUAGCAUAAGUUUUCGGUAUUGAGGACAACGUCAACGUAUGUCUACACGUGUAAUGUGUUCCAAUGAUUCAGGUGUUAUAAGGAGUCGAUCACUCUGCAGUGCUUGGACAAGUCGCCAUUGACCUCAAUUAUAACGCAUCAUAGUCGAUUUGCCACUACCAUUUUUCAACAACAGCUGGAGCCUUACGAAUCCACGAAAUACGUAGCCUACGCCUGGUUGACUCAACACAAAACACGUCCCUGGCGAGGCUUUCCCCGGACGGUGAUGCAUGUAGCCCCGCGUCCGGCCGCAUCUCUCCCGCGUCGGCAGCUUUCGCAUACUUCACAGUGAGGCAUGAAGCAGACGCAGCGCGCGAAGGAGAUGUUCAUCACGCGGGCGCUCGAAAAGAUCCUCGCCGACAAGGAGAUCCGCCGCUCCUACCACUCGCAGCUGAAGAAAGCCUGCGAGGUCGCCCUCGAUGAGAUCCGCACCGAGGUGGAGGCGCACGCCGCGGCGCCCCCUGGUGAUGCGUCCGACACGCUGCCGCUUCCCAAGGACGAGACGACGACGUUUAUCGAGGCGGAUAAGUACUUCCUGCCGUUUGAGCUCGCGUGCACGUCGCGAUGUCCGCGUAUCGUCGUCACGGCGCUCGACUGCCUGCAGAAGCUGAUCGCUUACGGCCACCUGGUGGGCAGCGCGCCGGACAGUCUCAACCCGGGACGGAUGCUCAUCGACCGCAUCAUCGCGACGAUCUGCGGAUGCUUCCAGGGCACGCAGACGGACGAGGGAGUGCAGCUGCAGAUCAUCAAGGCCUUGCUGACGGCGGUGACGUCUAGCUCGUGUGAGGUCCACGAGGGCUCCGUGCUGCAGGCAGUGCGCACCUGCUACAACAUCUACUUGGCUAGCCGCAACCUCAUCAACCAGACGACGGCGAAGGCCACCCUCACGCAGAUGCUCAACGUCAUCUUCGCUCGCAUGGAGAACCAGGCGCUCGCCGACGAAAAACCCCACGUCGACGAGUCGUCGGCGAACCAGCAGGGGGCGCCGGCAAACGGCGAGGCGGCGUCGACGGAGGAGAUCGUGUCGUCGAUCGUCGGCGAGUUGAUCACCGCCGCCGUCGAUUCGGCCGACGACGAGAACGGCCUUAAGGGGGCGCCGGCGAUCGUGAACGGCGAGACUCCGAGUUCGGACUCUGGAUCGCUGACCGUUCCAGCGUCCGGCGGUGGGAAGGCGGGGACGCCGGACGCCGUGUCGCAGUAUGGGUCGGAGUAUGCGGAGGACGGGGCGUCGAUGGACGGCAGCGAGCUUCACGAACAGAUCCACGCAAAGUUCUCGCACGUUCUUCAGAAGGACGCGUUUCUCGUGUUCCGCUCGCUGUGCAAGCUCAGCAUGAAGCAGCUGCCGGAGGGACCGGCAGACCCGCGCUCGCACGAACUUCGCUCGAAGAUACUCUCGCUGCAGCUGCUGCUGUCGAUCCUUCAGAACGCCGGGCCGGUGUUCCGCACGAACGAGAUGUUCGUGAACGCCAUCAAGCAGUACCUGUGCGUCGCGCUGUCGAAGAACGGCGUCUCGCCCGUGCCGGACGUGUUCGAACUCUCGCUCGCGAUCUUCGUCACGCUCCUCUCCAACUUCAAGACACACCUGAAGAUGCAGAUCGAGGUCUUCUUCAAGGAGAUCUUCCUGAACAUCCUGGAAACAUCCAGCAGCUCCUUCGAACACAAGUGGAUGGUGAUCCAGGCGCUCACGCGCAUCUGCGCCGACGCGCAGAGCGUCGUCGACAUCUACAUUAACUACGACUGCGAUCUCGCGCUUGCGAACAUCUUCGAGCGGCUCGUCAACGACCUGUCGAAGAUCGCUCAGGGCGUGGAGCUGGCUGCGUCGUCGCACCAGGAGAAGAGCAUGAGGGUACGCGGCCUCGACUGCCUCGUCUCCAUCCUCAAGUGCAUGGUCGAGUGGUCACGGGACCUCUACGUGAACCCGAGCCCGCAGACGAACCUCACGUCACCCGCGGAGCCGGACGGCGGGGGACGCGGUGGCGGCGGCGGCGGCGGCGGCGGCGGCGGGGGGACGUCGCCGCACGGCAGCAGCAGUUCUCUCGCCAACUCGCGGCACUCGUCGAACACGCGUCUCGACAAUCCGGAGCAGUUCGAGAGCAUCAAGCAGCAGAAGGGUAUCCUCGAGGAGGGCAUCGACCUCUUCAACCGCAAGCCGAAGAACGGCCUCUCCUUCCUGCGCCAGCAGGGCGUCGUAGGAGCCUCCCCCGGUGACGUCGCAGCCUUCUUCCACAGCGAGGACCGCCUCGAUAAGACGAUGAUCGGCGAUUACAUGGGCGACAACGACAUGCGCCACAAGGAGGUGAUGUACGCGUACAUCGACCAGAUGGACUUCUCCGGCACGGACUUUGUCUCGGCGCUGCGCACGUUCCUCGAGGGGUUCCGGCUUCCCGGCGAGGCGCAGAAGAUCGAUCGGCUCAUGGAGAAGUUUGCGGCGCGCUACUGCGAGUGCAACACGAGCGCGGGCGUGUUUGCGUCGGCCGACACAGCCUACGUGCUCGCGUACUCCAUCAUAAUCCUCGCGACGGACCUGCACAGCCCGUCGGUGAAGCACAGGAUGACGAAGGAGCAGUACGUGCGCAUGAACCGUGGCAUCAACGACAGCCGCGACCUCCCCGAGCCCUACCUCUCGCAGAUCUACGACGAGAUCGCCGACGCCGAGCUCGCCAUCAAGCCCGUGUCGACGAAGACGCUGCGCAAGGGAGCGAGCGUCGCCGCGGCGACCGACAAGCAGCGGCGACUCAUCUACAACAUGGAGCUGGAGCAGAUGGCGUACACGGCGAAGGCGCUCAUGGAGAGCGUGAGUCACGUCGAGGCGGCCUUCACGUCGGCGACACAGCUCGACCACGUGCGCCCGAUGUUCCGCGUCGCGUGGACGUCGUUCCUCGCCGCGUUCUCCGUCGGUCUGCAGGACUGCGACGAUCCGUCGAUCGCGGCGCUCUGCCUCGACGGUCUCCGCUGCGCGAUCCGCAUCUCGUGCAUCUUCCGGCUGCAGCUGGAGCGGGACGCGUACGUGCAGGCGCUCUCACGCUUCACGCUGCUCACCGCAAACUCGCAGAUCACCGAGAUGAAAGCAAAGAACAUCGACACGAUAAAGACGCUGAUCGCAGUCGCGCAGACCGACGGAAACUACCUCGGCAAGUCGUGGCUCGAAAUCCUCAAAUGCAUCUCGCAGUUGGAGCUAGCGCAACUCAUCGGGACAGGCGUGCGCACCCGUUUCAUCUCCGGCAGCGGCAGCGGCGCGCGUCCGCACCACCAGCACCACCACGAGGAGAGUCUCAACGUUCCCGUGCCGCGCAUGGAUCAGAAGCGCAUGGCGAGCCUGCAGGAGUCGAUGGGAGAGACGUCGUCGCAGAGCGUCGUCGUUGCCGUCGACCGCAUCUUCACGGGAUCAACGCGCCUCGACGGUGACGCCAUCGUCGACUUCGUCACGGCUCUCUGCCACGUGUCGGAGGAGGAGCUCUCGUCGGCCGCGCACCCACGCAUGUUCAGCCUUCAGAAGAUCGUCGAGAUCUCCUACUACAACAUGGGCCGCAUCCGACUACAGUGGUCGCGCAUCUGGAAGAUCCUCGGCGAUCACUUCAACAAGGUCGGCUGCAACGCGAACGAAGACGUCGCGUUCUUCGCCGUCGACUCGCUGCGCCAGCUCUCCAUGAAGUUCAUCGAGAAGGGCGAGUUCGCAAACUUCCGCUUCCAGAAGGACUUCCUGCGUCCGUUCGAACACAUCAUGAAGAGGAAUCGUUCGCCGACAAUACGCGACAUGGUCGUUCGUUGCGUCGCGCAGAUGGUCAAUUCCCAGGCUCACAACAUCAAGUCCGGUUGGAAGAACAUCUUCAGCGCGUUCCACCUCGCCGCGUCCGACCGCGACGAGAGCAUCGUAGAACUCGCCUUCCAGACAAUGGGUCUCAUCGUCUCCUCCGUCUUCGAGGCGUACUUCCCGGCGAUGAUCGACUCGUUCCAGGACGCCGUCAAGUGCCUGUCGGAGUUUGCGUGCAACGCCGCAUUCCCGGACACGAGCAUGGAAGCUAUCCGGCUGAUUCGCAGCUGCGCGCGCUACGUCGCCGACCGGCCCGCAGUCUUCGCGGACCACGCCGGCGACGACGUCAGCGUCCCCGCCGACGACCGCGUCUGGGUGAAGGGCUGGUUCCCGGUCCUCUUCGAGCUUUCGUGCGUCAUCAACCGCUGCAAGCUGGACGUGCGAACGCGCGGCCUCACGGUGAUGUUCGAGAUCAUGAAGACGCACGGCGAUGCGUUCCGCGAGCGCUGGUGGCGCGACAUCUUCCGCGUUCUCUUCCGCAUCUUCGACAACAUGAAGCUGCCGGAGCAGCGGAGCGAGAAGGCGGAGUGGAUGACGACGACGUGUAACCACGCGCUGUACGCGAUCGUCGACGUCUUCGCUCAGUAUUUCGGCGUUCUGCACGACGUUCUCCUCGACGACCUCUACACGCAGCUGCACUGGUGCGUGCGGCAGGAGAACGAACAGCUCGCGCGUUCCGGAACGAACUGCCUCGAGAACCUCGUGAUCUCGUCCGGAGCGUUGUUCAGCGUCGCGACGUGGGACAAGACGUGCGACCUCAUGCUCGACAUCUUCCGCACGACGCUGCCGACGGGACUCCUCGAGUGGCGCGCCGACGAAGACGCGGCGCCCUCUGGCGGUACACGCGCCCGCGAAGACCACCAGUUGUUCUCCUCGCUAGCCAUCAAGUGCGUUGUUCAGUUGGAGCUGAUACAGACGAUCGAUAACGUCGUGUUCUACCCGGCGACGAGCCGCAAGGAGGACGCGGACAACCUCGCCGCGGCGCAGGGUGGAGGAGGAGGAGGAGCCGGGGGGAGUCCGCGCGAGGGAGGAGGAGGGUGGCAGCAGGAGGAGCAGGGCAUGUACUCGUACCUGACGUCGGAGCAGCUGCUGAGACUGCUGGACUGCUUGCUGGAGUCGCACGAGUUUGCGAAGGCGUUCAACGCGAACCACGAGCAACGCAACAUGCUGUGGAAGGCUGGCUUCAAGGGAAAGAUGAAGCCCAACCUGCUGAAGCAGGAGACGACGAGUCUCGCGUGCGCGCUGCGCGUGCUGCUGCGCAUGUACGGCGACGACGCCCGCACCGCAUCCUGGCCCGUCGUGCAGUCCCGCCUCGUCACCGCAUCCCGCGACGCGCUCGCGUACUUCCUCACUCUGUCGUCGGAAAGCCAUCGCGAUGCGUGGAGCUCGCUGCUGCUGCUCGUGCUCACGCGCACGCUCAAGAUGACGGAGGAGAGAUUCCGCACGCACGCGGCCGCGUACUACCCGCAGCUGUGCGACAUGGUCGUGCUGGAGCUGAAGCCGGAGCUACGCGGAAUCCUGCGCAGAUUCUUCGUCCGCGUCGGGCCGGCGUUCGGAGUCGUCAAGCCGUCGUCCUAAUGUGUGUGUGCGUGCGGGCGUGCGUGCGUGCGUGCGUGUGUGUAUGGGUGCGUCUGUGCAUGUAGGCAUUUGGGUACGUGCGUUGGUGUGUGUGUGUGUGUGUGGGUGUGUACAUGCGUGCGUGCAUGCAUGUGUGCGGGGGCGUGUGUGUGCAUGUGUGUGCAUGUGUGUGCAGGGGCGUGUGAGCGGGGUUGGGCUAGCUACAAGUUGGAGGUACACAUGCCGUGUGUUGUGAGUGGGCACUGCUGUUCUAUUGUAGGUUAUAUGUGCACAGAGAUGUUUUUUCUAGUUACGCGUGGCGAUGGGAGCGAAGAAAUCCCCUGGUUACACGUGAUAGUGGGAGAGAAAUUCCCUAGUUGUGCGUUGCAAUGGGAAAGAAAAUUUUCCGUAGUUACACGUGGCAAUGGGAAAAAGAAAUUUCCCUAGCUACACGUGGCAAUGGGAGAUAAAUUCACUAGCUAUGCGCGGCUACUGGGAGAAAUUCCCCUGUUAUGCGUCUCAGUGUAUUGGGCAUUCCAUAUUAUACUCCAUCAAGCAGACAUUUCCUGGCUGCGUGCAAUGACACUCGGUUACACCUGCACUUAGACAAUGCAUGUUGAAAGUACUUUAAUGUGCAACUUGUUGAAAGUACAACUUGUUGAAAGUACAACUUGUUGAAAGUACAACGUGUUGAAAGUAUAACAUAUUGAAAGUAAUUUAACGUCUAAUGUAGAAAGUGAAGACUCAGUGCGCAAGGGAAAAGCUAUUUUACGUGUACGUGUAAAGUUCUACUUUAGUUACUUUACGUACUUUACUGCACAUGGAGUUCGUACGUUCGUACGAUUUAUUACUGGUAGGUUUAGGUUAUUUCUGCUCGUUUCUCUUCUUUUCAGCACUCCAGUGGGCGCUGUGAAAGCAUUAGAAUUUAGAUACCCUCUAAGACUAAAUACUAAUUAUGACUAGAAAAACAACCAUAGAAAAAUAGACUGUCUCACUUGAGCAAGCAUAACGUGGGGUUUGACUUUUUAAAUAUAUAUAUACGUAUGUGUGUAUAUAUAUAGGCUUGCUGGAUUAAAUGAAGUUCACAGUGCUCAGCCUGUAACGACGACUAUAGCUGAAUUGUUUGAAAGUUGGAAACUAUAUAUUGAACAUAUAUAUAUAUAUAUAUGUGUGUGUGUGUGUGUGUGUUGUAUGUAUGUAUAAUAUAUAUAUAUAUAUAUAAUAUAUAUAUAUUAUUAGUUUAUACCCUGCAGAUUUCUGCUCUGCGUGGGAGAGCUUAGGUAAUAGGCAGCGCACUCUCAUC